AUGUUCAUGCUUCAACAGAAAAAUCCCGGGACGUUGACAGAUUUUGUCACUGAAGAGGAUCGGUUCAAAUAUUGCUUUUUCUCACUCGGAGUUAGUAGAAGAGGGUUUCGUACAUGUCGUCCUGUGUUAUGUGUGGACGACACUUUUUUAAAGACAAAACACGAUGGGAAGAUGUUAUGUGCAGUCGCAUUGGAUGCAAAUAACCAUAUGUAUCCAGUUGCAUUUGGUAUUGUGGAUAGUGAGAAUCAUGAUUUUUGGAAGUAUUUCAUGUCAAAGCUAAAGGAAGUGAUUGGGGAAGUUAAGGACUUGGCGUUUGUAUCUGACAGGAAAUCUGAGUUCCAUGCUCACUUCGAAAAAAUCAAAUCAAAAGACCUAGUUAUUGCUCAAUACCUAGAAGGCAUGAGUUUCGAUAAGUGGUCUCGUGCUUACUUUCUUAGAAAUAGGUAUAAUAUAAUGACAAGUAAUUACGCUGAAAGUUUCAACAUUAAGACCCGGGUCGCUAGGAGCUUUCCGAUAACUACAUUCGUCGAAUUUAUUCGAUUCACACUGCAGUCCCGGUUCUGUGAUAAGAGAGAAACUAGCGAGAAGACAACUACAACUCUUGCACCGACCUAUGAGAAAGAUUUGGUGGAUAUGGUUGAGAAAGCUCGGUUCUUGAUCCCUUAUGCAAUAGGGAGGCAUAAGUUCCAUGUGUUAGAUGGUAAGCUUAAUGGUGAAGUAGACCUCCUAAAUAAGACAUGCACUUGUGGCAUGUUUCAGCUUAUUGCCAUCCCAUGUGUUCAUGCACUAUCUGGAUCCCUUAAGAGAGGGGUGAACUUUUAUUCUCUGUGUUCAAAUUACUAUAAAAUUGAGACAUAG